UCGCAGGUGCGUCCAAUCAAACCUGCUUCUGUUGACAGACAAAACAAACGUUUGUGCCGCUACUGAAGAGAAAUUCACCAACUUUAAACCUUAACAAACAUGCGGAAUGUUUUAUCCAUAGACUGUUAAUAUGAACUACUAAUAAUAUAGCUACAGUCUAUGAUGUUAUCUUUGAAGCCAAACGUGCGUCGUUUCUGUAACGUAACGUGAAAAGCGGAAUUCUUUACGUCAACCGUCAUUAAUUUGAAGAGUUUUAGUUAGCUAUAUUUUAACUGCCGCUGGACUUUAACGGACUCUGAGGCCUCCCGGGAGGAACUGCCUCCGUUGCUAUGCCUUAGCUUGAUUAAGUUGAUUAAGGACACCUGUCGCUGACGACGUCACUAAAGAGCGACCUCCGGAAUUUGAUGACCGGAAGGAGCAACAUGUUGCCUGGAUACAACCACAAGACGCCAAACCAAGGUCUUUGACGCAGAGCAACACUCCACAAACUCUGAAGACUCUGGAUCACAACCUUCAUGUGUGACAGUGUGUUUUGCAGUGUAUUCCUCUGGGGACACAACUGGAGCGAAGCCGGAGCUCCGUCUUCCUGCUCCGGGGCUUCUUCUCUUUCUUCGGAGCGAGAGAAGGCGAAUAAUUCGAUUAACAACAGCAAACAGCAGAAAAAGGGCGUAACCGUGGAGAUGGAGCCGCUGGAGGAAGCUGAGGUGACGGAGCUGAAGAGGCAGCUAGAGGAGGAAGACCUGGACCCGGAGCAGAAGAUCAGCCUGCUCAACAACACCUUAAACCAGGCUCUGAAGAUGGCGGCGCUGCAGACAGACGGCAGCACGCUGACUGCUGUGAAGUCUCAGUUGUAUCUGAGCGGUGUGCUGAGUCACUGCGUCGUCCUCCUCUCUCCGGAUCCCAGAAGGCCGCGGGGCAACUGGGGCGCCGCCGCCACGCUCGCCCAGCUCACCAGUUCCUGUUGUGUCGGGGUGGAACCUGGUAAACAGUCCCAGACCUUUCAUAGGCUGUUCCUGCCGUCAGUCAUGAACAGCCUCCUCUCAUUGGCCAGCCAGCUGAUGAGGCGGGCAGAGUGUGUGUCUCUCUUCAGGAAGGUGAUGGAUUCAGUCGGCUGGUUGCUCAGAGCUCACUCUCAGCUCACCACUCAGGUUCUGAGCUCUGUCCACUACGAGCAGAUCCAGAUGUGUGAUGAUGUCAGCGUGUCUCUGCUCUGUAUCCAGAUGUGGAUUCAAAUCUGCUCAGCAAGCAGGGACUUCCUCUCCGGGUUGAGCGACGACUCCGUCCUAUUGCUGCUCAACGAAGCUGUCGGCCAAUUAGCCGUCAGCUCUGACUCUUCAGUGGGCGGGGCCUCCGUCAGACUGAUCCUCCUCAUGGCCAAUCAGCAGGAGCUUCGCGUGCAGCCCCUCCUCCACAGCUUCAGAGGUCUGGACAGCCUAUUGGACAAAGACUGGAGGGGGAGGAGCUUUGACCAGGACGUUGAUCAGCUGAUUGCACUCAUCCAAUCAGACACAAGGAGUCACCCCAAGGCGUGUACUGAGCGUGUGCGGGCGGCGAGCGUGAUCCAGGCAGCGUGGAGGUCGUAUCAGACCAGACGCAGAGUGAAGAGUCUCAACAGAGCAGUCAGCACGCUGCAGAGGAAAUACAGAGCUCGGAGGAGGCAGCAGCAGCAGCAGAAGGAGGCGCAGCAGUGGGACGAGGAGUUAAAGUACCAGGUGUGUGUGAGGCGUCAGCAAGCGAGGAGGUUGUUCCACCAGAAACAGAGACAACUGCUGCAGCUACUUCCUCCUGACCAGGUGCAGUCGUACCUGCAGGAGUGUGAGCGUCGGGCGGCCGUGGUGAUCCAGAGCUUCUGGAAAGGCUUCAGAGAGAGACAACGCUACAACAACACACACAGACACACACUGAGACAGACACACACACGACAGCAGGCAGCCAGGACGCUGCAGAGAGCGGUGCGUUGCUUUUUGGACAAACGUCGAGCAGAGAAGGUCCCGCCCACUCCGCCUUUCUGGAUUGGUCAGCACGGUUUGACGGACAGCCGGAGGGUGGAGCUGAGGAGACAGGUGGAGGAGCACAUCUCUCUACAUCCUUCGUCCCGUGUGUCCCGUCAGGAGUGCGAGCGUCUCCACGAGGAGGUGCAGCUGCUUCUGCUGUCGGAGCUGCAGGGAGGAGACCGGAGGAGGAGGGAGGAGCUGAGGGUGGAGGCUCUGCUGGCUCACACACACACACAGCUGGAGCUGCUCAGAGAGGCCCCGCCCCUCUCUACCGUGACGUUAAAGGACUCCGAGUCCUUCCUGAGCCCCUCGGGUCCCAUCGCCGCCCGCGCCCGCGACUCCCACAAUGCAACGCUGCAGGCGAGCAGGCUGCCCUGGUGGAGGACGCUGGGCGACACGGCCGACAUGUUUAGCCCCUCCCACCUGCAGGAGCUGGAGGCGGAGCUCGGAGGACUGUUCGUAGGGGGGUCAGUGGGGGUCGGUCAGCCGGAGGAUUAAUCCUUUAACCUUUAUGCCGCUUUUCCAUUACAUGGUACCUACUCGCCUCGACUCUACUCGCCUUUUUUUGGUUUUUCCAUUACGAAA